GGCGUCGGCCCACGCACUCGCUUCUGGAACCAGCCUGGCGUCGGCCCAACGGCUGGCUGGACCUUCGGGGUCCACCGCCUCCGCAGCCAGGCGUACCGCACCGCUCAAACCCUAAACUAAACCCUCCUCUCCUCCGGAAUCUCGCCGCCGGGCCAUGGCGGCGGAACCGUUGGAGCCCGACUCCUCUCGGGAUCCUCAACCCGCCCCCUCCUCCGCCGUUACCGUCGCCACCGGCGUAGGCGGCCCCAACCCGUGCUGCGCGAAGCUAUGGAAGAAGUAUCAGAAGUUGGAGACGAGCCGGACGGCGCUGCGGGAGGCGGUGAAGCUCCUGCAGAGCGAGAACGAGAAGCUGCAGAAGGAGAACUCUGAGCUCAGCAAAGUGUGCAAGGAGGAACGUCUCCGAGGUGAUUCAGCAGAAUCAGCUAGGGAAACUGAGUCUGAUGCCAGAGAUCUACUAGAGAAGGAGAUAAUUGAAUUGAAGGCACAGAACUCAACUCUGCAGCAAACACAAACUAUCUGCAAAAAUGAUAAUGAACUUUUACGCAUCUCCAAAUUGGAGGAAGAAAAUAUAAAUCUUAAACAGGUUGUAGGAGAAGAAAGGAAGAAGAUUACUUAUGAGAAGAAAAAAGUUGAAGAAGAAAAGAACAAGGCUCUAGAAAUGCAAAAGAUAUUGAAGUCGGAGACACAGAAGUCUGAAGAGUACAGAAAGGUUGCUGAUACGGAAAGGAAAAUAGCCAAUGAUUGGCGAUUAUCGUGUGAAAGAUUGAGGAGUGAAACAAAUGAAGCCAAAGCACAGUUGGCUGCUCAGCUUCAGAAAACAGAGGUGGCGCUUAAAAGGGUUGAAGCUGAGAAGCAGAAGGUACCCAGAGAAAAGAAACGUGCUGAUUCAGAGAAAUCUUUGGAUGAAAAGAACAAAACGCUAAUUGAAGUUGAGAGGAAAAAAGUAAUGGAAGAGAAGAGCCGUGCUGACAAUUUGUUUGCAAAGUUAGUGGAGCAGAAGAAACUUAAUGAGGAUUUACGAACUAGCAUUAAAGUUGAGAGAAAGAAUGCAAUAGAGGAGAAAAAACGAGCAGACCAUCUACUUCAAAAGUUUGAAGAGGAGAGAAUUUUUUUGCAGAGGAAGUCAAAUGAACUUCGCGCCGUAAGAGAUGUAAUUUCUUCCGGCAAAUAUGGGAGGCAACAUGUUGAUAGAGCUUCUGAAAGUGCAAAUGUAAAGCUUCUUAAAGAGAAGCUUAAGCUGAAGAAAGGGCAACUAAAGCAUGUGAAAAAUGUGUCGAAGCUAGAUAAAGCAAAAAACACUUUGAUAAGAAGAGAGCUUCAGCGCUUAAAACAAGACUGGAUGCAGCUACUGAGCCGAUUUAACAUGCUCGAUGACCAUCUUGCUGGUGGUAUUGAAGGUAUUCAUGUCUUAACAGAGUUGAAGCAACAUCCGGAGAUGCAUGGCUUUGAACAGAAUCUCCUUCCUAAUGAUCCAGUUACUGCCCCAUAUUUUGGGUUGCAGUCUGGGAUGGUACCAUUUGGCUCUUGUAUCCCAAGAGGAUACACUUCGUAUCAGUUGCCCAGAGAAAGCUGCACAAGACCAAUCUCAGGUACUAGUUCUGAACUAGGGCUUCCUCUUGGUAGUUCUCUCAGAACAAAGUCUAAAAGUCACCACAGAUCUUCAUGUCGCACAUCCAAAUCUGAUGAAAAGUUCAUGGGCUCACAGGGUAAGGAUAGCCUGUUUGUAUCCUCAUCAACAGAUAUCAGAAAAAACCAGAAUUCAGUUGUUCCCGAGCUGCCCACUAAAGAUAGUAAUGAUACAACAAGGCAAGAUGAUAGAGCACUGUCUCGGGAAGCAUUGAAUUUGUCCUUGUCUGCUGGUACAGAAAUUACAGUUAAAGCUCUCGGUGGUGAGAGGAAAAGAAAAAGGACCAAAAAGCUUCUAGAAUCCACUGCUUGUCUUACCUCUAAGCAUGAUUUGCUGCAUUUGAAAUCGAAAGUGCAUGCUACCACUUUGAAUGACAUUUUAGCAUUUAAGGAUGAUCGUUCAGGUCUGCAGCAAGAAAAUGACAUCAUGCCGUGUGUGACUGAAGGUGACAUGGAAAAUCAUAGGAGGAAAUAUCUUGCUGUCGCUGAUAAAGCUCUUCCCUUCAGUUGCCCUGCUAAAAUGCCUUCUCCUUGUGGAGGAAAUGCUUGUGUAGGUAGCAAGUUUGCCUUGUUGCUCUCCUUUGAGGAAAUGAUCCGUGGAAACUGCUUGAAGUUGCUCAAUUUGGACAAUUAUGCGGAUGAGGAAAAGUACAGGAAGACAAUGGAGAGGCCUCUUUCACCAGACCUGCCCAUUAUUCGACCCCGCAGAACUAAUGUGCCUACAUAUGAAGAACCUCGCAAUUUGGGUGAUAAAACCUUCAACAAUUGUCCUGCCUCAGGAUCUGUUGCCAUUGAUUUCAAGACGAGGUUGAUCCAGCUUGAUCCAUCCUCUAAUAGAAUUGAGUGUAGUGACAGUGUUAAACAGCUUUAUGCAAAUGAAAAAUCCAGUGCAGCAGGCGUGCCAGCCAAUGCUUCUUUGGGCAGCCUUUUACAUGAGGACGAGGCCCGGAAUUCUGUAGCAUCUUCUGCCAAGAAGUCAGACAAUACCAGUAGACCAGUGUUGUCAGAAAGUAAUUACAAUGGUCAUCCAAAUUCCAUUUUGUAUUCACGGCAUUUGUGCCAGGAGGCGCUUAACAAAAACAGUUCCCAUCAGAUUUGUGACAAAUCAUCAGAUCCUGGACUGCAAGCUAUUGCUGGGAAAAGUAAAACAAAAGUGCCCAAGCCAGUCAAGUUGGACUCAAAUAGUAUGAUUGGGCAUCAUUGUUUGUCCCAAAAAACUCCAAUGCACUUAGUUGGAUUUAUGAGAAUGAAAAUAAGCAAAAUGGUAAACUUAUUUCGAUAUUGGGAGACACUGAUUUCUGAAGCUGGAAAGCUUUCUAAAGAAGCUUCGAUUGAUGGUUUGUUACUUGAAAGAGUAUCAACUGAACCGUCGCUACCUACAGAAGAGAAGGUUUCCCUCAUAUUUUCCCUUUUGUUGUCGGAUAUUAGAUUCGAUGCAGAACCUUUUGCGGGUGGAAAUUUUGACGCCUCAGCCUUUUCCUUGAGUGUGAAAUCUUGUAUGGAAGCAAGGUGGAUCUUUCUGAAAAGGGAUCAGCUGGAUGUUCUUGUCUCAUUAAUUGUGGAUUUUCUCGUGAAUAAAGAAGUUGUGGUGUGCGAAAAAAAGGGACAGAAGGUUUCUGAUGCAAGCAAGUAUCAUAAUCUAGAUGAUGAAUCUGGUCUACAGUUAUCCACUAAACCUGCGACAAUAGAUCAAUUUGUCUCUGCUUGCAUUCUGUUGGCUUCCCUAUGUAUUGAAGUGGAGAGAGUGGAUGUUGCUUUAGAGGUUUCGUACAAAGUUCUUCAGAUGGGUAAAAGUAAUCUUUCUUGGACUCUGUUAGCUCUCCAUGUCUUUGGUUCUUUGUGUGGUGAUAAGUUCCUCCUUCCAAAGAGUUGCAACUUUGUCAUGACAGCUAUAUGUUUGGUUGUCCUGCUUCUUGAGAGCAAAGACACUUCUCUGUGCCUUGUGUCAUCAUAUAUUCAGAGAAAUAGGCCAACAACAUUUCUGUCCUGUGCACAUUGCCUGUUUAAUGUGGAUACGGUUUCUAUAGAUGGUUUUAUCUCUUCUCUACUGGAUGAGCUGGAUUUGUGUUCUCGGCUGUGGAACAAUCAUGACAACUCAAAAGAAACUAUUGCAAGGUGCAGUUCUCAUUUGGGAUCAAGUAGUGGACUGGAGAUCAACUGUGGUGAACCUUGCAAUAUUUUCAAGCAAGGAAAACUUGCUGAGGAUACUCAUAACUAUCCUGCAGGGAUUGACUUGUGCUACUUUACCGAACUAAUUUCUUUGCUUGAGCUCUUUGGGAUCUAUAUGAACUGUGAGUGGACAUACAACAAUGUUGUUGUCCGCCUUCUGGAAAUUUUGGAAUCAUGCACGUGUGAUGAGUAUUCAGCUGCUCUGUUAGUGCUUGUUAGCCAGCUCGGAAGGUUCUUCAUUGAUGAUGUUGGUUAUGAGCAGAGAGCAGUUAGUGAGCUGAGGAACAAAUUGUCAUUGUUAAUAGGGACAAGUUUUACAAAAUCAAGGAGUGUAACUGUUCAGUUUUCUGGUAUUGGUGCAUUGCUUAGCCUCCUUCCAUUGCCAUUUGACAAAAUUGUUGGUACACAAAGUAGACCAUUAUCAGGUCCCUUUGUUCUGCAAGCAAGUCGGAUUUCUGAAUGGUUUGUUCAGUUAAGCAAGGAGCAUCAAUCUUUAGCUCUUUCCUUUUUUAGCUGAGAGUCAUUAUUGCUGCAUGCGUGGCUUGGCCUUCCAUGGACCACAAAGAGUGCCUUGUGAAAUUUUGAUCUGUUCCUCACAUGUGUAUUCAUGGUCUCACAACAUGAUGUUGGAUUCUCCCUUGCCGAGACAGCACAAAACGGAGUAUCUUUAUUCUUGUCUUUGAAGAUGCAGAACUUCUCUGCAGAUCAUGAUCUAUUGUCAACAUCAUGUUGUUGCAACAUUUGUACAAAAUCAGCUAAGGAAUAACAGAGUGUUUGGAUACAAAUGGAGAACCAAGAAAUGCUGGGUUUGGACUAAGAAUUGUGUUUUUCAGCAUAAAUCUGAGUCCAACAGGGUUACCAGAAAUAUUUGUUUCCUGCGGGAUAACAAACUUAAUGAGUACAUCAUAGAUUAUUGAAUCAAGGGCUCUUAAUUUGUAGAGAUUGUCUAAUUAAACGUGACAUUGGGCCUUUGUAAGAUUAUGUUCUGAUCUGACAGAUCUGAAGAGACAGCAAGGUCACGAUCGGCAACAGAUGGAUGAGAUUUCGAAUACGUUACAGCCGACAGGAUUCAGAUAGCUUGGUCUCGCCAAAAUCAACAUUUGGUAAUGCAUACUGUGCAUUGUAUUCUGCUUUUCAGAUAGCAGAGAUAGGCUAGAUUUCUAUGCCAAUGCUUUGGAAGGAGGUGAUCCAAGUUUUAAUGAUCUCGCGUACUCCCCCCCCCCCCCCCCCCCGAUGGAGAAUAGAGGUAGAUAUGUCGAAGAGGUAUUUGCCUAUCUUCUGGGCCUGUAGCCUGUACCUUUUCAUCUGUCGAAGAGGUAUUUCCAGAUCUGAAGUUCUAUAAUUUGGAAGCUUGUUACAUCACUCUUUGUGUUGACAUGCUCGCGCCAAUUUUCUCAAA